GAUUUCCAAAACAAACACAAUCAUAACUGUACAAACUGAAAAAAAAAAAAAAAAACAGCUUUCACUCUCUUAAUCCACUCUCAUCAUCAAGGUUCAUUAAUUAAACCUUUUUAAUGUCUGGUUUUAAUUACAGCGACUCGUUAAUAAACUCAUCUGAAUCCGUGAAUAACGGCGUUAACUCACAACAGUCACAGAUGUACUUCCGUAACCCAAGUUUCAGCAACGUUAUCUUAAACGAUAACUGGAGCGAUUUGCCGUUAAGUGUCGACGACUCACAAGACAUGGCUAUCUACAACACUCUCCGCGACGCCGUCAGCUCCGGCUGGACACCUGUCGUUCCUCCUCCCCCCGUUUCAUCAUCUCCGGCAACGACGACGGACGUAGUUUUCGUUAGAGAAGAGAAGAAGAAGCAGCCUAUUACAACGAAGGCGAGUGGAUCGCACGCGCCGAGGCAAAAGGGGAUGCAGUACAGAGGAGUGAGGAGAAGGCCGUGGGGGAAGUUCGCGGCGGAGAUUAGGGAUCCGAAAAAGAACGGAGCUAGGGUUUGGCUCGGGACUUACGAGACGCCGGAAGACGCGGCGGUGGCUUACGACAGAGCGGCGUUUCAGCUUAGGGGAUCGAAAGCUAAGCUUAACUUCCCGCAUUUGAUUGGGUCUUGUAAAUACGAGCCGGUUAGGAUUAGGCCUCGCCGUCGUUCGCCGGAUCCGAGUAGUGUUUCUGAGCAGUUGUCGCCGGAGCAGAAGAUGGAAGAAGGAGAGCAGUCUAGGUUUGUGGUUCCGGAGUUGGAUUUCUCGGUGGAUCAGUUUUGCUUCGAUGGUAGUUUAUUAAUUGAUCAAUCUGAGUGUUCUUCUUAUUCUGAUAAUCAAACAUGAUUUAGUUUCUUUAAUUAACUUUUAAGUAAAGUUUUUUUUUUUUUAAUAUUUAAUAAGCAAAUAUUUGUUUAUCGAGUUUGCUGUAUGAAUCAUAUGAUCAUAUGAUCUUAUGUAAUGUGAUGGAAUAUAUAUAUAUAUAUAUAUAUAUAUAUGGAGGUUUUUUUGUUUU